AAACGAGUUCAGACCUUGGGUAGAUGUCAAGCCUGUGAAAGCUAUAAAAGCUAAGCCUCAGUACAAGCCACCAGAGGAGAAAAUGACCCAUGAAACCAGUUACAGCGCUCAGUUCAAGGGGGAAACCAGUAAGCCCGCUCCAGCCGAUAACAAAUUCCUGGAACGCAGAAGGAUACGCACUCUCUACAGUGAACCCUACAAAGAACCUCCAAAGGUGGAAAAGCCUAGCGUAAAGCCUUCUAAACCAAAAAAGACCACAACAAGCCAUAAACCCCUGAAAAAGGCCAAAGACAAGCAGAUUGCAUCUGGCCGGGCUGCCAAGAAAAAGAGCGCCGAGACCUCCAACACAGCAAAGCCAGAGGAGAAGGAGAAAAGUAAAGAGAUGAACAAUAAACUGGCUGAGGCAAAAGAGAUGCCUGAGAAAACCACUGGUGCUACAGACCAAGAACCAAGUACCUUAGAACAGGAGCAACGCGCAUGAAGUCAAGAUUUUCUUCUGAGUGGCAGUUGGAACAAACGUGUAGUCUGCAUGAAAUGUGUAUCGUCUGGCUGGCAUACAAUAAAGCUGAUGAUCAAGAGUUGAACAAUAUUUUCUCUUGUCUCAAGCACUGAGAAAGUAACUGUCACCAGGAUCUGUAUGAUGCAGUUAGCAUGACUGUGCCUUGAUUUAUAUUCAG